AUGCGCGCUAUCGCGCCCGUCUGGUGUACCAUGCCGAUUGUGGCCCUCCACCGAGAGACCGGCAUCCCCCCUGCCACGCUGCUCCUCGCAGACGCCCAGAGACGCGCCGCGGUCCGUCUACGCUCCCUAGAUGAGCGGCACGGUAUGCGGGCCCCUCGCGCGGCCCAGAAGCAGCACGCCUCGAGACUCCUGCGUCUUCACCAAAUGACGGCCCAUGCUCCGAGGCCCCGACUUCUCCCCCCAGCACCCCCUCAGCCCGACCCGACAGGGGGCGUAGACAAAACGCAGGCGGCUCGAGACUUCCACUCGUGGCUCCGGGUAUGCCCUGAAGAUACCCUCAUCGUCUACACUGACGGCUCGCAGAGCGAAGACGCGGUCGGGUCCUACUCGCUGAGGUCUACGACGCAGAGGUGGAAGGCGCCCUCGAGGGCUUCGAGCGGCACUCACGUGGUCCCCAGAACCCCGGACCAGCAGUGGCCGAUAGUCGUCUGCCUUGAUAACACUGCGGCUAUAAGAGCCAUACGAGGCAGCCCAUCGAUCUCGUCGCAAGCGGCUGCGGAGAAGUUCGCUGAGGCCGCGGCUCGACACGGAGAUGUCAGCACGCGUUGGUGCCCCGGCCAUACGGGGAUCGCCGGCAACGAGCGGGCCGACCAGCUAGCAAAGGAGGGCUGCCGGGCCGAGGGUCCGGACAGAUCGCCGACCUACGCGAACAUCAAGAGACAGGCCAAGGCUGCGGCCAGGCGCGACUUCCAGGACUGGUGGGCCGCGGGGGCCCCGAGCAGCUACAAGAGCCUAGAGCUCAAGGCCUCGCUCGGGUGCCCCCCGGAGCUGCACACCAAACGAGAGCACCUCCAUCACCUGCUCGCUGCGAGGAGCGGGCACGGGGACUUCGCCGACUACCACGAGAGGUUUAACCACGAAGAGGCCCGGAUCGAAUGCUCUUGCGGGAGGAGAAAAUCACCGACACACCCUACUGCCGGAAGGUACUCGACACCGCCUAAGGCUAGCCCCACGGCGGGCAAGGCUAUCAACCAGGCACUAGGAAGGGAUUUGACCGGUUCCUCGGGCUAG